GACAAAAAAGCCAAGUGGUGCUCAAAGCGAAGAAUCAUUUCAACCACUUCUGUUUUGCUUUAUUUCCUUGGGGCACUAUGUGGAAAGCUGUGGUACUGGCUGUGUGUCUGCUGGUGACUGGGGUUCAGCCCAUGGACGACCCAGCAUAUGGAGUGAAACUAUGUGGCCGAGAGUUCAUCCGGGCAGUCAUCUUCACCUGCGGAGGCUCACGAUGGAGACGGUCACUUAGGAGCGCAGAUGCUUCUGAGGACCCCUUCAGCUCCCAUCAGGACGAGUCCUCGGAGGGUUUGAGUCACAAUGACGUGGUGGAGAGUUUCCUCCAGAGGAACAGAGACCUAAGCUUCACAGCCAGAGACAACCAUGUCUUUAGCAGGCCGGCCCGUUCUUUCAUCAAUGAGGAAAUCCUGGAAGCCCUACGCAAUGCUGACCGCAAGGGCCGGGACGUGGUGGUAGGCCUGUCCAAUGCCUGCUGCAAGUGGGGCUGCAGCAAGAGCGAGAUCAGCUCCCUUUGCUGAGAGUCAGCCUUUACGCCAUCUCAGUGAACACAGCGGCAGACGUAUACACAAUUACACAAACAGACACACAAAUAUACACACACUUUAUUUUUCUCUCUAGUGUCUUUCAGUUAAUUAAAUAAACUGUUUGAAUUGUUUUGUUUUUAGUAGCUAUGAAAUGUAUGGAAAG